UCAAAUUUCAGAUGACAAAAUUAUACCAUAAUGAAUCUUAUCAUCUUAAAAUUCUCUGUAUAAAUGAAUUUUUCCAAAGAAAGCGAUGAUACAUCUUCACAAAAUAUUCCAUUCCCAGUAUCCAAUGAAUCCAGAAAAUGGCUGAUCAUGAUGAAAUACAUGCUAGACUGCGCCGAAAAAUCUAUGGAAUUUCUGGACCAAGUGAAAGCAGACCUAGACUUCAACGAUGAAGAUUUGGAGAGAUUCACUGUACUAUGUAUAGCUCUAGAACAAGCCCGCCAUCAGAUGGCUUUGCUAGGGAAGAAAUUUUUCGAAGAUUCAUCAACGACAGAUUUUCUCGAUGAUUUUUCGGUUUUCAGUGAAACCAAAGAGAUGAAAAGAACGAAAAAGAGCGGGUUCACGCAAACUGGUCAUGAAGAUGAAGUCUAUCCGACUGAAACAGAUACAACUAAGGAUAAAACUACGAAAAAAGAACCCACCAAAAAAGAUGCUUGUUUAUGUAGUGUUUUUAAACCCAGUGUGGUCAGGAAAAGCAAUAGAAGGAAGAUCGUAGUAUGUUCACAACUUGGAAGGUCUUCAUUAGCCAAUGAAAAAUGCAACCAAGGUGGAUCGCCAAGUUCAAGACCCAUUAGACCUGAAGAUUUUCCAAAUAAUGAUGAUAAUCCGUUUAUCAUAAAGGAUCCAGGAGGUAUGGCAAUGCCAGAAACUGCUUUCGGAUACGAAUUAUUCUAUGCAAUGCAUAGACAAAGAAAUAAAGUUGCACAGAUAGUGGAAGCAACUGGCGACAUUCAAACUUUCGAUGAACUACUCAGGGAUUCAAUAAGUACAGCCCUGAAUUUGAAGAAGAAGGGACUAGACGAGGACAGCGUGAUAACCCUUUGUGUAACGAACAACAAAUACUCUUGCCUGACCUAUUUAGGGGGUCUUUUUCUGGGUUGUAAGAUGAAUGCUGUGGAUAUGUCGUUUGCCAAGGAAGAUCUUGUUUAUCUGUUGAGGCUAGCCUCACCGGAUUUCCUAUUCGUUCAGAAGGAAAAAGUUGAAGGGAUAGUAGAGGCUCUACAAGAACUAGAGAUGAAAGUACCGAUAGUGGUGGUAGGUGGCGAGGUUGAGGGGCACGAGCCUUUUCAGGAAUAUUUGAUAGCUUCCAAUGAGGACAUAAAGAAAUUCCGGCCUUACAAAGCCGAUUCAAUGAGGAGGAAUUGCAUCAUUCUAUUCAGCAGUGGAACUUCUGGUCUUCCUAAGGCUAUUUGUCUGAGUCAUUACAAUCUCAUGGGACAGGUUUAUUUUUCAACAAUCACUGAUAAUCUGCAGAAAAUGUUUAUGAGUUACACUUCUUAUUAUUGGAUAUCUGCAGUUAUAUUGCUCGCCUACACUAUCCUAGCUGGAGUAACAAGGGUAGUACCACUACCUUUCGAACCGAUCAGGUUUUAUCAACUCAUAGACAAAUACAAGAUCGAAUCGGUUUUCUUGGGGCCCUACGAAUGCAUCAGACUAAUCAGGACACCGAAGCCUCCAGAUGUGGAUACCUCAAGUUUGCAAGUUUGCUGUACGGGAGGAGCUUCCUUGAAAGAAAUUGUGUUUUUUGCCUUGCGAAAAGUUUUUCCAGGUUGCUUGGUAUUUCAGACUUACGGACAAACAGAGACGGGUGGCGUUUUGGUGAAAUGGACCACGAAAAAUCCAGAAGACUUGGCGUUGCUCACUACAAAGCCGACUUCUUCUGGAAGGCCCUUUGGAGGGUAUUGGUAUAAGAUAGUUGACGAAGAUACGAAUCAAAUAGUCGGUCCUUACAAAGCUGGAGAACUUUGUAUCAAAUCAGAUACCAUGAUGAUGAAUGGUUAUUACAGAAGGGACUCUUCCGAGUGUUUCGACAGGUCAGGGUGGCUCAAAACUGGCGACAUGGCUUACUUUGACGAGUAUCACUGUCUUUUCAUUGUGGAUAGGUUGAAAGAGGUGAUCAAAUUCAGAAUAUGGCAGGUGCCUCCAAUCAUAUUGGAGAAUAUUCUGAUGUCACAUCCAGUGGUUGCCAGAGCAGUUGUCGUGGGGAUUCCUGACGCAACAGAUGGUGAGCAUCCAAUGGGCCUCAUACUUUUGAAGGAAGAUGUGGAUCCAAACACCGUAAACUUGGAAGAAAUAGUUCAGUUCGUGAACCGUCAAGUAGAGGACGAAAGAAAACACUUGAGAGCUGGAGUGAAAAUAAUACACUCCAUACCACUGACCGCUACUGGAAAAGUCAGACGCAGAUCUCUUAGGGACAAUGUUUUACAUGGCGAUAUUUUUAGAAGCGAAGAAAGCGACGAAACAACAACAGAAAAUAGCCCAUUCCCGAUAUCCACUGAAUCGAAACAAUGGCUCCUCAUGAUGAAGCAUAUGCUGGACUGCGCUGAAAAAUCUAUGACAUUUUUGGAUCACGUCAAGGCAGAACUUGAUUUCAAUGAUGAGGAUUUGGAAAGAUUCAGCUUAUUGGGCACUGCCCUUGGUCAGGCACGCCAUCAGAUGGCCUUGUUGGGAAAAAAAUUUUUUGAAGACCUAUCCACUAUAGAUUUUCUGGAUAACAUUUCGAUUUUCAGCGAACCAGAAAAAAUUGAAAGGACUACAAGGAGCGGAUUUACACAAACUGGUUACCAAGAUCAAUAUUCUUCAAUUGAAAUAGAGAAGAAAAAUACUGACAAAAUAGUAGAAAAAAGAAAACCCACAAAAAAGGAUGCUUGUCUUUGUAGUGUAUUCAAACAGAGAAUAAUAAAAAAAGGUAAUAGAAACAAACUGGUCGUUUGUUCACCACUACGGAUAUCUUCAUUGCUUAAUGAAAAAUGCCUGAAAGAUGGAUCGAUAUCCAAGAAGACUGUUUUGAGACCAGAAGAUCUUCCACACGAUGACAACCAUCCUUACAUCAUCAAAGAUGAGGGAGGGGUAACACUUCCAGAAAAUGGUUUUGGAUACGAACUGUUUUACGCGAUGCAUAGGCACAGAAACAAAAUUGCACAAAUCGACGAAGCUUCCGAUUAUAGUCAACCCUUCAGUGAAUUACUCAGGGAUGUAAUAGCAACAGCCCUGAAUUUGCGGAAAAAAGGAAUGGAUGAAGACAGCUUAAUAACACUUUGCGUGGCCAACACUAGGUAUUCUUGCAUACCCUACAUGGCCGGUCUAUUCCUAGGCUGCGUGAUGAACGCAAUUGAUAUAACUUUCAACCAAGCAGACAUUGCCUUUUUAUUAAAACUUGCCCCACCGGACAUCUUGUUCGUUCAAAAGGAGAAGGUUGAAUUGAUAGAGGCAGCUCUGAAAGAAAUCGAAAUAGAAGUCCCUAUGGUAGUGGUCGGAGGUGAGGUCUUAGGUCACGAACCAUUUCAGGAAUAUCUGAUAUCGUCCAAUGAGGAAAUUAAAAAGUUCAAGCCGUACAGGACAGAUUCCAUGAGGAGGAACUGCAUCAUCCUUUUCAGCAGUGGAACGUCAGGUCUUCCGAAGGGUAUUUGCUUGAGCCACAUCACUCUUCUGGGACAAGUGUUCUUCGCUACAAUGACUGACAACAUUCAGCGAUCAUUCUUGAGUUACACGUCCUUCUACUGGAUUUCUGCUGUUAUAUUCCUGGGAUAUUGCACCUUGGCUGGAGUUACGAGAAUAGUGCCAGAACCGUUCCAGGUUCUGAAAUUUUAUAAUCUCCUCGAUAAAUACAGAAUAGAAUCUGCCUUUCUUGGUCCUCACGAAUGCGUAACGGUGAUGAUGACGCCGAUACCUUCUGACUUGGACACUUCCAGUCUGAAAUUUUUGUGCACCGGUGGCGCCGCUUUGAGGGAGAUGGUAUUCUUGGCCUUGAGGAAGGUGUUCCCUGACUGUUUGGUGUUUCAGUUUUACGGACAAACCGAGACUGCUGGACUCCUCGUCAAAUGGUCAACGAGAAAUCCCGAAGAUGUGGCCCUGAUCACCGCUAAGCCAACAUCUUGCGGUAGACCUUUUGGUGGAUUCUGGUACAAGAUUGUUGACGAAAAAACCGAUAAAAUUGUGGGUCCUUAUAAAACAGGAGAACUUUGUGUGAAGUCGGAUACGUUGAUGAUGAACGGCUAUUACAGAAGAGAUUCUUCAGAAUGUUUUGACCGAUGCGGUUGGCUUAAAACUGGGGACUUGGCCUACUACGAUGAAUAUCACUGUAUCUACCUGAAGGACAGAGUCAAAGAACUCAUCAAAUUCAGGGGUUGGCAUGUGCAGCCAGCAGCACUGGAGCAAAUUUUGAUGACACAUCCAGUGGUCGCCAAAGCUAUUGUCAUAGGAAUUCCCCACCCUGACGAUGGUGAACAUCCAAUGGGACUCAUCACUCUGAAGGACGGAAUAAAUCCAGAGGAUGUCGACUUAAAACAGAUAGCCGACUACGUGAAUCGUCAAACGGAUGAACGGAAACAUUUGAGAGCUGGAGUGAGAAUAAUAGAUACAAUUCCAGUCACAUCUACUGGAAAGGUCAGAAGAAGGACACUGAGGGAUAACGUUUUACAUGGAUAUUCGAUAUCAAACUAGUUAUUUCUGAUGCCCUAUGUGACAAAAAUAAUAAAUCUUAUUAGAUACUUGGA